AUGAGUCUUCCUAAGGUUUGGCUGGUCUUCGGGCUCCUCCAUCGGCUACGGCAUCUGAUGGCCGUGACCAUCCCAUGGUCUACAGUUCGUCAGGGCUCAGUUGACUCCGUUGGCUGGCAGCCCGAGCCUAUGGAGUUCCUGAGCGACCUACACUCGAAUCCCUUCGUCUUUCCCUUCGAGCAGUGCUUCCCUCCGGAGAGCCCUGCGACCUUUGUUCGGUGCUGCAACGCCAGGUGGCGCCACCAGCUUCCGAAUCGAGACUGCUGGGGGAGACCGUUCCUUUUUGGGGCCCAAGCCAAAUAUUUGCAGCGCCUUCUUGGGGUGAAAGCCAUGAACCUUUCUACAGAGACGAAAGACGUGCGUUUGGAGGCUGGCCAGAUCUUGAAGGACGUAAGCAGAUAUUGUCCGCGUGAUGAAUGCCACCAGCAACACUGGCCCUACGACAGCUUGCCCUUCCUGCAACAACUGCGUCUUGCACACCUCCAGUCGCUUGGAAGAUUGCGUGAAGUGGAGUUGCCUGCAGAGCCACAGACGAGCCGCAGGCUUGAGUAUCCAAAUCCAGCAGAGUUGAAGAGGUGGCUCAGCUGGAAGAACAGAAGCCUGACGAAUCCAAUGGAUUGCUGCGGGCUGGAAGUAGAGACUCAAAACCCACCGAAACUUUCUCCAGCACCAUUUUCGGACGAGUAUUAUGAACAGAAGUGGCCUCCGGCGUUGACGGCGAAGAACCGGGUGGGUCGAGAUCUCUUCUCAUGCCAGAGCGUGUUGUCUGAAAUUUCAUUGCACGAGCUAGUGGUUCUGUACAUCCGUGCCGGGUCACCUGCUUACAUCUUGCGUGAACGCAAGGCUUUACCCCCAAGAGCCCUUGCCCGAUAUUUAAAGUGGAGUGAGAGAUGUGCACAUCACUACAGCAAGUCUGAUCGCCCCAAGUUUUGGAUGCAAAGUCUGCUGAGCUUCCAGCCUAGCACUGGACAGGCGGAGCCGAAACAAGAUCCGCUGUUUAUGGACAUACUACCUGCGAACAGUGCUACUUACCCUGAAGGGCGGGCAGCAUUCAAGCGAUUUGGAGUUCUGGCGAACUGCGCCCAUCGGACUCGAAAGAACUGUCGCUUGGCCGUGGGCCUCUGGCAGUGCUACACAGAAAGGCAUUCCAACGACACCGAGAUCUGGUAUCGGGAACAAAUUGGCGAUUUUCACAGCGAGACAGAUCGCAGGUGCAGCUCAGGGGUUCGUGUCAAAGACUUGGCGCGGCAGUGUGCGAUCCGGGGGCUGGGCUGCGAAGAGACCGGACUGAGUUCCUUUCACUACUGGCGCACGUCCUUCAACGCACUGACAUUUAGCAGCAUGUGCAUGCUCCACCAUGACGCUUUACUCAACAACAAACGAACAAAAGUUCGUGUGGGUGCGGACGUUUUCGGACGGUAUGAGUGGCAUCUGCUUGUGGACGGAGGAGAUGUUAGCAUCGGCCCAGGUUGCUUUGACGAAAGCCUCGAGAAAAUUAUCUCAAUGGCCCCCAGUGAAGCUGAGAUAAUUCUGAAAGAUCCGAGUGAGCAGGAAGAUAGCAACGGCGGAGUGGUUCUCGUACGCCGCUCGCCUUUGGGCAAGUUAUUUCUGGACUUGAUGUUAGACAAGACCAGCUGGCCGUUACAGCUCAUCGGGAGUGGCUGCUAUUGUGACCAACCCAGUAUGAAUGAAGCGAUUCUGGAGAUAGUGGCGUGGGAGACAGGAGCGGAUUACAGCUCGGAGUGCUUGCCGCACUUAUUUGUUGAGCCCAGUGAGGAUGGCAAUUUUGGAUGCCACUACAUGACCCACCUGCUCUGCUUCAAGAGAAACCUGCGACGCAUGACAGGACCAUUCGGAAAUCGCAGCAGUCGCAAGAUCUUCUUCCUGCCGCCUCACCGGGCGGCAGACAUCAAUUUCCGGCCGUCUGGCAAUGUGCCGGAUCGAGCGACAGAGGGCAACUUAGCCCACUUCCACUGGAGACCAUUUAUAUGGCAUUGGAACAGCUAUCAAUCGAAACAUCCGGUUAUGCUGAAGCACCAUGGAAUCGAAGAGAGUGCUGAGACGACCUUGCCGCCGUAUCCAUCUAUCGAAGACCGAUCGGUGCAAAGCAACCCGCCUACAGGGACUGCAACUCCAGAGCUGCGAGCGGCAGGGCAGCUGGUGACCCCGAUGUACGUCUGCCAGCACCUGGCGCCAGAUCUCACAUUCGGCCCGGAGGCUUCCACGUCGAAUCCAAAGCCUGGGAAGUCGGAGUUUCAAUCGCACAGUCUCAUCGUUUAUAGUAUAGUACUCUAUGAGUCUAUGAUACCAGAGUAUACUAUAUUAUACUACAUAUCACGAUACUAUACAUUAUUAUAG